UCAGCGACCAUUGUUGCGUUUUCUCUUGCUAAUGAGAGGAAUCGAUAUAUAAAACUAGAAGACAAUGGAAGUGUCAUAAUUGAUCUUAUCCUAAAAAUAAACGGGAAUACAUCAACUGAUAUCGAAAUUGCACUCAAAAAUGAAAGCCAGAUAUUAAAAACUGAAAAUCACACGUUUACAGACGAAGAUUUGGUUAUUUCAAAUGGUUCAAUAUCACUAACAUUUCCACUAAACCACAAUGAUUUCCCUGAAUUCGGACAGUAUGAUGUUCUUUUGAUGGCAUACCUAAGCAACUCGCUGUUUAACGAACACAAGAUAAAUCUAACUGUCUUCUAUGACAAAAGAAUAUCUUAUGUACAGAUUACCUGUCCAUUGUACGUGGUUAUUGGAACUACGGAAGAUUUUACAGCAUCAGUAAGUGGAGGGAGCGAUGUAGGAAUAACCUGGCACUGGACUGCAGACGACUUAAAUAUAACAUCCACUCAAACUAGAAAAUACACUAAGAAUAACACACAUACUUUCAAUAUUUCUCAAGCUGGAUUAAUUAUUAUAAACAUAACUGUGUCAAAUGCAAUAUCAAGUUCUACAAAUUCAUGUACUUUGAUGUCUUUGAAUAGCAUUGGCGAUUACAAUUUCCCCGUUCGCUCUGUGUUCAACACAACAGAAACUGCAGAAUUUAGAAUUGGAAAUAAGUCCACAAUUCAACUACCAAUGGAAUUAUUUUCCUUAAAAGUCUGUAUUAAUUCCUCACUGAUUUCCGUUUUUCCUAUUUCGGAUUACAACAUAACUAAUUUUACGUUCACUUAUAACUUCACACAACAAGGUCCUUACAUCGUGUCUGCAGAGUUAACAUCAAGAAUUGAGUCCCGUAAUAUUUCAGCUACUGUGGAGAUUUGGGAUAAUCUUGAGGCUCUGGAGAUUAAAGCUUCAAAAAUCUACGCCAAGGUCAAAGAAAAUAUAACAUUCAUUCUAAGAAAUUUUCCUCCAUCAAACUUUAACUAUAAUAUAUCCCUCGGCGAUGAUACGAUUUGGGAAAACGUGACAGACAAAUACCAUGUACGCUUUGUACCACCUGAAUACCAACAUAAUUACAGCCAACCCGGGAAUUACACGAUCAAACUUUUUGCAUGGAAUAGGAAUAACUCAAAAACAGCGAUCUCCCAAAUCCUUGUACAGCACCCGUUCGUUUGCAAUAGUUUGAGUAUCUCUCCAACAGAGUAUAAUGUCCCAAUUCCGGACGGGAUUGUUGAAUAUACUUUAACGUAUGCACAAUCACCCUUUCCAUCUAGUGCAACAUGCAAGAUGGAAAAUGAGGCUAACACAGUUUUAUUCAAUGCAUUCUACAAUACAGCAAAUGCUACUUACAUGCAUAGAUUUGAAAGCGCAGGAAAUAAAUCAGUUAUAUUUAAUUGUUUCAACUUCGUUAGCUCAUGUUCUCGGAUAUCUAUUACAAAUGUAGUGGUUGUACAUAUGAGAAAUAUGAAUUUGAACUAUCAAAAUCCAACUGCAAUGAAUAUAACGAGGCGUUUAGGAAAACCAUUCAUGUCUGAUCCAGUUCCAACAAAUGUAACUUUCAGAGUUUAUCUUAACAAUUGUUCUCGAUUGCCAUAUAAUAUUAAGGAAACAUGGCAUAUUGGUGAUAAUACUUCAAUCUUUUACAACAGAACCGAUUUCAACCGAAUAUUUUUAUUUAACUCCAGGGGUACUUUUGAACUCAAAGUCAUAUUUAGCUCGAAAAAUGACAGUUUCCAAUAUAUCAACAGCAUUUCUACAGGGGCAAUGAAAGCUUAUUGCAACAAAACUAAAGCUGAUUUCCGCAAGGUUCUAUUUAAUGUUACAAUUGAAAUGGAUGGCAAUGCUGCUUUUGAAUUUGACCUCGAUUCGGGAUAUUUAGCUAACCAUGAGGCAAGUAUCUUGGUUUGGGAAAGAAAUAGAAAUAAAACAAGAAAGCACAUUCAGAUAAACUAUACAGAAUAUGGAUUUAAGAUGCCGAAAUUUAUUGGACAUAAUAACAAGAUAGCAGAAGAGAUUUACCUACAUGAUCACCUUAUCGCAGAGUAUGACCUUGUUAAUGAGAUAGAACUGCAUACUACUGCAGAAAAUAGGAAUCAAACAGUGCCAUUACCUCCAGGAAAUAUCAGCAUUUUGAUUGGGAUAUCUCCACAUUUAGAGAAUAGCAUUCGACCGCUAGUAAAAUGUACUGUAAGCCCUGGAGAUGAAGUACUUCGUUUAAAUUAUACCAGUCUACACAAUAUAACAAAUAAUAGCCCAAUGAUUGUUAAUCAUACGUAUUAUGAUCUUGGAAAUCAAAAUAUUCACGCUAGAUGUCAAAAUUUUAUAUCAAAUUUAGAUCUGCAUGAUGUUGUUGAAGUGAUCAAUGUUUGUUUUGGACACGAAGGAAUAUUCGAUAGACAGUUUUCCAUGCAGAACAAGACAAUGGCAGUAUUUGAUUCUAGUGAGGUGUAUAUUGCCAACAGAAUGAGCAUUUUUUGUCCUAAUUAUGAUAUUACGUUCAGCUGGAAAAAUUGCUCAUCAUUAGUCGAAAGAAAAGGAGUGUGCAUGUUUGAUGCAAAAAGCCCCCCACAGGAAGCCUAUAAGAUACUCUUAAAUAUAUCUAUUCCAGGUUUGCGGACAUAUAUCCGCGAGCCAAUGUUCGUAAAAAUAAUUUCUUCUUCUCCAUUUGCAUACAUUGACGGUGGAAAUGUAAGGAAAGUCGUUGUAGGAAAGAUGAUCUCUUUCCUUGCGAAAAAUUACUCAAAACAGAUCAAUAGGUUUGCUACGUUCCAUUGGACCAUUGAUAGUAUCUCAAAUCAGAAAUAUGCUAAUACCCGUGCUAAUGAAAGAAACAUUUCACUUAGCUUUGGAAGUCUAGGUAACUACAAAAUUACACUUACUGUCCAAAAAGACAGUGCAUAUGAUAAAUUUACACAGACAGUUCAAGUGAAAGAAACGGCGGAUGAGAUCACAAUUUCCAGUAUCAAAUGUAUUGUAAACUGCAUGAAAAAUGUAUCGACACAAACAAAGAUUGCUGUAUCGAGCCUAUGCGAUACCUGUCUGAGUAAUAACUUGACUCUCGAUUUUCAUUGGACACUUCUUGAGGAGAAUGUACCUUUGGAUUUAUACAAUAUGACAGUAACAGGUAUUGGCGGUCCAGCUUUUGCUUUGGAAGGAAAUAAAUUGACGCCAGGCAAAAACUAUUUGCUUGUUCUGACAGCUGCCAAGGAAAAUGAGACUGGUAACCAUAACUUGACCAUGCCUUUUAAAACCACGGAAUAUCGAAUCAUUCCAAGCGUAACAUGUACUGCAGUAUAUUCUAAAGAUAAACUUGCAAUUAGUGCUAUUUGUACGAAUCGGAAAUCUGACACAUAUCCUGUGUUGGCUUACCUAUUUGAAACAAUCACCAAGAGGAAAUCUACAUAUGGAGACAUCGAGGACAUUGUAAAUUAUCUGUACAAAGGAUACGAGGGUUCCAUUUUUGAGACUCCGAUCCAAGUUGGACAUCAUAACUAUAAUAAUAGCGUUACACUUCGCAUCAAAGCAUACAAUGAAUAUGAUGAUCAUUUUAAAGUAUUUGGGAAAACAUUCUCUAUUUCAACACCAACUAAAUUCCUUCCCAAUGGGGGUCAUGACAAAGAACCAGUUCUAAACCUUUAUAAAGAAUUUAACAAGACGGUUGGGUUCAUUAGAAGAGGAGGCGAUGUCAUCCGGACAUUUCGUUACAUUGGCUCAAUAGCUUCCUCCUUACUACCUUACAAGGGGAAUAUUUCUGUCACAACUGAAAAGGAGAUCCUGGAUGGAACAAAAACAACAGUGACUUUCUACGAAGAUUCCGACAUUGAGAAAUUAUACAAAGAAAUUAUUCAUCAGAUGAUUGUAAUAUUAUCGGAGGAAGGCAAAACUUGCUCUAAGUGGACGUAUGAAAAAUUUAGCCUGACAGACAUCCACCAGAUCUUUAGUUCAAUUGAUGCAGUUGUUAGAAAUCCAUCAUAUCUGUCAAUUCAAAGUCUUGAAAAAAUGAUCGUACUAGUUGAAAAUAUGAUAGAGUGCUUUACAAUCCGCAUUAAUGAAACGGAAAUUCCUUUUCCAAAUUUCUACGUUCAUACAAUGGAAGAAAUCGUAAAACAUAUUGUACGAGUUGUCAACAUCAUUAUCGAUGUCAUGCUACCAGAGAAUCUUCAGGAUUUCAGCGAAGAGCUAUCUCCAGAAAAUAUUUUGAAUGAACUAAAAACAAAGAAGUCACGAUCUGAUAGACAAUUUGAGCUAAUCAACAGAAAUUUAACAGAAAGGGAGCUGAACGACCUCAUACGAAAGAGUUACCUUAUCCUGCAGCUGAGACAGCACGAGAGAGAGAUACAAUCCAAACAAAUAAAUAUGUCAGAAGCGUAUUAUAAAAGAAUACAGGCUAUGUUGACAAAUGUACAAGCUACGUUACUUAGUACACUUGUCACCGGGGAAAAGAUGGAGUUUCACCAGCCAGACCUUAAGCUUAUUGUCCAAAAGACAACUUAUACUGAAUUUAAAAAAGCUAACGCGAAUAAUACUAACCUUCAAAAGUAUAUCAUUGGUAUAACACAUGAGAACAGUUCGUCAAGUCCAAAUUCCAUUGUGGACGUAAAGAUCAUUGUCUUUGGGAAAAAUCCUUUGAUAUUCGGGGAAAACGCUAGCAGUCUGACAUCGGACGUGUUCGUGUACGAUUUUGGAGAUGAAACUGUGAUGGAUGUCAAAUUACGUAAUCGAGGGAAACCCCAGCCUUACGAUUUUAGUCCUUUAUACAGUUCGAGUAUAGGCGAGUUGAUAACUCAUUUUUACUUUGACGUAAUGAAUAAUGAUGACGCAAUCCUUAUUUACUUAAAACCUCACCUCCUGGAAGAAAUUUCUUCAGAAAGGCCCUUGUAUAUUCUGUUCAUAUCGCCAAAAGCUUUUCCAACCACUGCUUCAUUCAAGUCUGGCCGAGAUUAUAAAACCAUUACCUCUGUCAGAAAUUGGGACACUGAUCUAGGAUAUAAAAUAUUUGUUCCUAACGGCUAUUGUCCAAAAGGUGUCUGCUAUAUGGGAAUCAAACCUCUGAAAGAAGAAGAACCAGAGGAUCUGUCUCAUGAAACUAUGUCUUCCCGACCGAAGAGAGAGGCUGUCCAUGCCUUGUCCUCAAAUCAGUCAAUCUACAGUAAGAACAGCACGAUUGACCCUGCAGUUGCUAACUUCACAUUACAGGUCAUAACCACAGCAUGUAGGGCUUGGGACAAAAUAUCGAAUACAUGGGAGUCAAAUCGCUGCCAGGUUCUUUCAAUGACAACGAUGGGAGAAACAAUAUGCCGCUGUACUGGGCAUAUAUUUUCAACAACCUUCUACGUUCCACUCAACAUGAUAGACUUGUAUAAAGUUUGGGGAAAGUUUGAUGCAGCAAAUGCUUCGGUUUAUGGCACCAUGAUCGCAGUUCUAGUUGUCUAUCUUAUAUUGGCUGUAAUUCUAAGACGAGAAGAUAAGAAAGAUAUUGAACGGUGGGCGAUUUCCUUUCUAUGUGACCAUGAUUCCGAGGACUGUUACUUCUACAUGAUAACUGUUUAUACUGGUCUGAGACGCCGGGCAGGGACCACUUCUAAUAUUCAUUUUGUACUGAGUGGAUCAGAUGACGAGAGUGGAAUACGAAGCUUAAGUGAUGGAGAAAGAAAGGGGUUUCAAUCUGGAAGUAUUGUUACAUUCGUGUUUGGGACGAAAGACAGUUUAGGUGACCUCGAGUACUUCAGAAUAUGGCAUGACUGUUCAGGCCAAGGGUCGUACCAGGACUGGUUCUUAAGUAAAAUAGAAAUAGAUGAUCUACAAACGAAUGAGCGGUCUAUAUUCCUGUGUGAUGAUUGGCUCUCACUAGAUGAGGGAGAUGGAUUAAUUGAACGGAUUCUUCCUGUGUCGACAGUGGAAACUUUGAUGGCCUUUAAAACCCUGGUUGCACAUCAAACACAACUUAAUAUCACCGAUCACCAUCUCUGGUUGUCCCUUCUAUUUCGGCCAAGAAAGAGUAGAUUUACUCGGAUACAGAGGUUAUCCUGCGUACUUGCGUUGCUUUUUCUAAGCAUGAUUUCCAAUGCAAUGUUUUACAAGUCUGCCGGAGAAGAAGCGACUUACAACUAUGUGCAGAUUGGUGUAUUUAGACUGUCAGUUUCAGCACUGUUUGUAUCCUUGAUCGGAAUUAUUUUGACUACAAUUCCUAUUUUAUUUUUAACAAUUGUUUUCCGAAACCGACGAUUAAAGACAAAUAAAACUCAAACUGAAGCUAAAGAAGACAAGAAAGUGACCACUACACCUCAAUCGUUUAGAAUUCCGUCUGAAUAUAUUAAAGAACACGAAAAGUCCUUACCAUAUUGGAUACUUUACAUUGCCUGGAUACUUCUAUCGGUGAUAGUUCUGGUUUCUGCUUUCUUCCUCUUGCUUUACAGUAUGGAAUGGGGUAAAGGCAGAUCUGAAGAAUGGCUAAUGUCCUUUUUCUUAUCCUUUUUUGAAUCAAUUUUGUUUGUGGACCCCAUUAAGGUCUUAUUUGUUGCGGUGUUAUUUGCCACCGUGUUCAAAGCUAUAAUUUACGAAAAAUCAGCAGAAGUGGACAUUGAUCAACUGAAAAAAAUUUCAACUCUUUAUAGAAACUCGGAUAACUAUGGAUUAGCAGCAUUUGCUAGUAAUAUUCUGAGAGGACGAGAUCCACUGACCCAAGACGAACUUGAAAAUCUGAAAGCCAAAAGACAAGAGGAAAAGAGGGCGAAGAAAGCAUUGAUAAGAUUAAUAAUAUUUGCAGUGUAUUUAUUUGGACUUUAUUCCAUAAGUUUUUUGGAGAGGGACUUAGAUUCAUUUCACUAUAAAUCAAACAUCGACAGCUACCUUUAUUCAAGUGACAAUGGACAACUAGGAUUUUCUUCUAUAAAUCGAACAGAAGAUUUCAUCAAUUGGCUGCAUAAAACAUUUGUACCUACGUUUUACCCCUUAAGUAACUAUGCCGGCGAUGAAUUAGGGGUGAUAGACAAGCAAAUGUUCAAGGACAGUGCAAGUUUCCGUAUUGGACCCGCUCAGCUUCGUCAAUUAAGAACAGAGAGGGCCGCCUCAUGUCCCUUUACACGAAUAACAUGGCCAUAUCCUUGCAUUUACGAAUAUUCCAAUAAACAUGCAGAUACUUCCGAGUACUGCUCUGAGUGGAAAUUGUAUGACUUAAAAUGUGAAGAGAAUACAAAUAGAGUUGAAAAAUAUUAUACGGCAGGUGCUUGGAAAUACACUGAUGCUGAAAGUAUAUGGGGAAUAGCAAAAUCAGGAGAAUAUGGGACAUACGAUGGAGGAGGAUAUAUCACCCGCUUUACAAAAAGUCAUGAUCGUGCUGAAGAUUUAGUCAAGGAAAUAGUUGAAAAGAACUGGAUUGAUCGUAAUACUCGGGCUGUUUUCUUGGAAUUCACCCUAUAUAAUCCAAAUAGAAACCUCUUCAUCCACGCCAUAUAUUUAGCAGAAUUCAUAGAGACUGGUGGGAUUUUGACGUGGACUGAGACACAAGCAUUCCGCCCAAUAGUAUCUGCAGAUAUGGUUGGAAGUUUUACCAUCUUAUGUUAUUUCAUUUUUCUAUUAUACCUUGUGAUAACGGCCAUAAACGUUGUUUACAAAGUGAAGAAACAUGGCUGCCUAAAUUUCUUCAAACAGCCGUGGAACUUGGUAACAACACUUAAUAUUUUCCUCAGUUUUUCUUGUGUCGCAGUGUAUAUUGUAAGAGUUACAUUUGCCAAGGAGACGAUGAAGAAAUUUUAUGACGACAAAUUAAGCUUAAAGAUAAAUGAUGAAUUUAUCAAUUUUAAUCAUAUCGUAAUUUGGGACAAUGUGUUUAAUGGAUUCUUUGCGAUCGUUGUUUUCUUGUCGACCCUCCAGCUUCUGGAGAUUUUAGGAUACAACAAGAGAUUCACACAAAUUAUAUCGGUUGUUGUCAAUGCCAGGGGAAGUAUUGGAGGAUUUGGUUUUAUCUUUAUCCUCAUUUAUAUUAUAUUCGCCACUUUAGGAACAUUGCUGUUCGGAGUAAAACUAAAAGAGUAUAGAAACUUUUUCAGUACUUGCGGUACUCUUGCCAAUAGUUUCAUCGGAAAGAAUAACGUAAAAUCAAUGGUUACUGCCGUCCCAACUUUUGCCGAGCUUUUUUACUUUUCGUUCAUGUUUUGUGUUAUCAUGACAUUGAUAACAAUUUUUGCUGCCAUUUUAAACAACAGCAUUAAUGAAGUCAAACAAACACUUAACAUGGAGUACGAAAAACUUGGAAUCAAACAUUUCAUCGGCAAAGUCGUCAAGGACUUGUUUGGAAUUAUCUUUAGAGAGAAAAGAAAGGGAAGACUUGUGUCAGAGCAAGAAAAUGUCCACCAGACCCUGUUGAAAGAUGGUGGUGAAACAUAUGGUAUUUUAAAGUUAUUAAGCAGUUCCUUACACAGUUUUAUGAAGAAAGAGGGCAAUGAAACCAAAUACCAGACGAAUGCAAUGGAUUGUGAUAUUUCCGAUAUUCAAGAGCUAAGUGCGAAGUCAAGAGAAUCAGAUGGCAAUAAAAGUUUUAAGGAAGUUGUCUUUGCCCAUUCCACAGAUGAUGAUUUCGACAUAAAGAAUUUUAAAUUCAUUUAGUGUGGAAUUUUGGUGCCAUAAUACACUCUCAACUGUAAAAGUUUUUAAGUUCGUUGUUUUUCAAUUAUAUUAAAAUUAUUUUCAAUCAGUCAGAAUUUCUCAUUAAUUGGUAUUUUAAUUUGUUUUAAUCUUACUGAUCUAUAUUUUAUCUAAUAUAGUUAGUAUACUAAUGUUUUAAUCAGAAA